AUGAGAAUCCAUCGUCGCGUUGGGCUAGUCGCGCAUACUAUCCUAGAGCGUGUACCUGACAAAGUCAUACAGGGGACACCAACGUUUGACAGUUCAGGUCAAGCAGUGAACGCCAACGCCAGCAGAACAGGUGAUUAUGCGAAGAACACAGUGGCAUCCAGUACUCCACCAUCCACCAUUGCUCUAUCUGUCCUGUUAGCUGUUGCAGUUGUAGCAUUUAUCUUUGGAUGUGUGUUCUGGUGGAUCAAGAGAAGAAGCCAAAGGGCCAGGGUAUCCCAGCCAAUCUCCAGCAGCCCUCAGAGCACACUAUUUGGCAUGGAAUCCCAGGUUGAGUCUGUUAGAAGUGACUCUUCAUCGUUUGGAGGUCGUUCAGUUCAAGUAGAGAAACCUGAGAAGGCCUCUAUGAGAAACUACCAUGGUGUUCCUCUGGUCAACGAUUUGAACGAGAAGUCAAUUGUGGAGACUCCUCCUCCUACCUAUUCCAUCGCGAAUGGUCACCGUCCUUCCAAGUCAGCUGAUGCUAAGAGCAGCCCAAUCCCUGACAUUCCUCUGCCGCCUAUACCUCCCGAGACGAUUACUGUCCGCCCACCCACCCCCCCGACGCCGCCUGUGAAUGGAAAGAAGCCGAGAAUCUCUCCUCCCCCCCUUUCGAAACCUACUGAGCUCCCUGUGAUCCCAUCAUCACAGUUCUCUCUCUCUCCAACUCCCCAAGCCCCAGGUUCAAUUGCAGAGCCUCUACCAAGCCCUGCUCGAAACACCUCUUUCAGUCACUCACAAAGAGAACUUACCUCCCCGAAAACCACUGCCGAAGUCAAGAUGGGAACUGGUAAAGACGGUUUGCCAUUACUGCGAUUGAUGUCCGUUAUUAACACCUUCACACCAUCGCUUGAGGACGAGAUGCUCAUUCAUAUCGGUGAUACUAUCCAUAUGAUUGAAGAAUAUACCGAUGGGUGGUGUCUCGCACAAAGGAUUGGGAAAGCGGAUGCCCCUCGAGGGGUCAUACCGAGAUUCUGCUUGGUUGAAAGACAAUCACAGAAAACUUCCCAAAGGAACGUCAUCUAA